AUGGGCGUCACUUGGAUAAGUUAUCGCAAAAAGAUGGAGCUGGAAACCAUCCUAGGCGAGUUCGAACUCGACCGAAGCGGCACGGUGGACGAGCAACGCGCGCGGCUCAUAGCAUUUGCGCGGCAGCCCAGCAAUUCCAAGGAAAUCCAGGAUCGACUCGACGAACUGGAACGCCGGUUCGGGAACGCACCCACCGGCGACGUCAAGUCACCGAUACCGCUAGAUCCGUCGCUCAUCUCGCCGGAACCGACCACGUCGGCAUCGCUGGUGCCACCCUCACUCUUCUUGCCGCGCACCCUGGUGGUGCUGCUGGCCGGCCGAGCCGAAAGUUGGUUCCGCACGAGCGGACUCCAGCAAGCCAGCUGGAUCGAGGUCCGCCGGGAGUUCCUUGACUUCUUCUUGCCACCGCGAUACUAUCAGCGGCUGGAGGAUGAGAUAAGGAUGCACUUUCAGAAGCCCAACGAGCCAUUUAAGGAAUACCUUAUCGACAUCCGUUUGCAGAUGCGCCGGGCCGGAUUCUCCUCGGACAAGGAGCUGGAGAGGAUCUACGAAAAUAUGCUGCCGGAGUAUCAACUCUAUACCCGGAGGCAGGAUUUCCGUACGCUGACCGAGCUAACGCACCUCGUGACCAACUACGAGGAGACACGCAGCCGAGGCGGAAGAGCGCUCGAGAACCGGAUCCCGACUCAACGCCAGGCCACCGGAGCCAGCUACGCAGCCGAAGGAGACAGGAUGCCCACUCGACGACCUCAACAGGCGCCCUCUUCAGGCAACGCCCUCAACGGUUCCCUUAGCCGGAACGCUUGCACCAGCCAGAGCGCAGUGGCACCACGACCAGAAGCCGUCAACUCAAUAGGAGACACUCUCCAUCAGUACCAGGGACGCAUCCGCGCUACCAUCCACAUGGAGGGGCAGCGGUUCACAGCUACCCUGGACACCGGAGCCACCCACAGCUUUAUUAGCGAAGGGCUGGCUCAAAUGCUGGACAACGGAAGGAACACACGGGACAUCCGUACCCAGGUAAAACUCGCCGACGGAACAUGCCGCGAGCUGACCAGAGCUCUGGCGGCAAAUAUCUACCUCGGAAGCGAACGGACGCCCACCAUUCUCCUCGUGAUGUCGGACGCACUGGACGACAUACUCCUAGGAAUGGAUUUCCUCUCAUCACCAGCGACGGAGAACCAGCCGCCCAGUUGGAGACAGGCUUUGCCCGUGGCAGAUGCCACAGCCGCGCAACGGAAUCCCUUCCGUACCUCCACAAAACGUGUCCGCUUCCAGGAUCACGUCGAGGAAACGCCGGAGCCGAGCCCGCCCCUAUGCGGAACCGUCAAUUCGGUGAGUCAUCCCACAGAGGAUCAGGUCUCUUUCCAGACAGAGGAACCCGAGACGCAGGAUUACCCCGAGCCUUGGGUGAAGGAGUUUCUGGACCAGGAACUGGCGAAAUUUGAUACUCUUUCAGGGGUAUCGCACAUCGCAGAGCAUCGCAUCUUCAUGCGCACCGAUCGACCCCUUAAACAGCGUUACUUUCCAAGGAAUCCAGCCAUGAGGGCCGUCAUUGAUAAGCAGAUCAAUGAACUCCUCCGAGACGGACGCAUUGAACCUUCCAAAAGCCCGCAUAGUGCGCCCAUCGUAAUCGCGGCUAAGAAGAAUGGCGAAGUCCGCAUGUGCGUGGACUACCGCCAGCUCAAUGAGAACUCCGUGCCAGACGCGUAUCCGCUUCCGAGGAUCCAUCAGAUCUUGAGCGACUCCGGAACGCGAAAUUCAUCUCGACGUUGGACCUCAAAAAUGGGUAUUGGCAAAUCCCAGUGGCUCCGGACAGCCGGGAGGAUUGUUUCAUUGGAGAGUCAUGCCUUUCGGACUUCACUCCGCUCCCGCCACGUUUCAACGCGCCUUGAGACACGGUCAUCGGUCCGGAUAUGGAACCCCAUGCGUUUGCAUAUCUGGAUGACAUCAUUGUCAUCGGUUCCACACUGGAGGAGCAUGUCGCCAAUCUUGGAGAAGUUUUCAGACGCCUCCCGCUGCGCAAACCUGCGCCUCAACAUAGGGAAGUGUCACUUCUUCCAGCGCCGCAUCGUGUACUUGGGUCACGUGAUCAGCGAAGCCGGAAUUCACACGGAUCCGGACAAGGUCGCUGCGAUCCGAGGACUCGCACCGCCGACAAACCUGAAGGAGCUCCGCAGGUGCCUGGGAAUCGCUUCCUGGUAUCGCCGCUUCGUGCCGCAUUCCCACAAUGACUACGGAAUCGGAGCCGUACUCACGCAGACCAUCGAUGGAAACGAGAGGGUGAUAGCGUACGCCAGCCGCCGGCUCAACACUGCUGAGAGGAACUACUCAGUGACUGAGAAGGAGUGUCUCGCCAUCGUCUGGACGAUUCGGAAGAUGCGGUGUUACAUCGAGGGAUACCGCUUCGAAGUCCUCACAGACCACCACUCCUUGAAGUGGUUGAACUCCAUCGACAAUCCAACAGGCAGGAUUGCCCGUUGGGCGUUGGAGUUGCAACAAUAUCAGUAUGAUGUCCAUUACCGGAAGGGGGCCCAGAACUUGGUGGCCGAUGCCCUUUCUCGCCAACCGCUGCCCAUAGUGCAGCAAGCGGAGGUACAAGGAAUCAACUGUAAGUGUAUCACGAGGAUGCUCCAGAGGAUUCGGGCCGAACCAGCAAAGUUUCCAGAUUAUCGAGAAGAGAAUGGCCAGCUAUAUCGUCGCCUUGGACUCCGACCUGAGGAGGAGGAGUAUACGCCCUGGAAGCUGUGCGUAGGGUCAGACUAUCGCCAGCGAGUACUCGAAGAGUGCCACGAUCACCCCACUGCCGGUCAUCUAGGGGUCCGGAAAACCAGCACUCGCGUGGCCCAGCGCUAUUACUGGCCUGGAUUGUUCCGCGAGGUGGCUCGGUACGUUCGCCGCUGUCCCACUUGUCAGCGAUAUAAGGUGAGCCAAGAAAAACCCGCAGGUCAAAUGUUUACUCGACAGGUCGAGGAGCCGUUCCACAUCCUAUGCGCAGAUUUCGUCGGCCCACUGCCGCGGUCGAAACAGGGCAACAAGAUGCUGCUAGUAUUUCUGGACGCCUUCAGCAAGUGGGUGGAGCUAGUGCCACUCCGCAAAGCUACCGCCACACAUCUGGAACGAGCCUUCAGAGAGCGGAUAUUGAGCCGAUUCGGUGUUCCCCGAACAUUUGUCUGCGACAACGGUACGCAGUUCACCGGCCGCUCAUUCCAAAAAUUCUGCCAGUCCCUCGGGAUGGAGCUGCAGCACACGGCGCCCUACACUCCGAGACAGAAUCCAACGGAAAGGGGCAAAUCGAACGAUCAAGACGAUGAUCGCCCAAUACUUGGAUGGAGGCCAGCAGAACGAGUGGGAUCAACUCCUACCGGAGAUAUCUUUGGCCAUAAAAGAAGCCGACGCCGGCGGACCGCCAGCCUGAAUCAGCUGAAGCCGUACCACCACGAGGAUGAGGCAGACACCGAAGCCGGAGCCCACCGGGAAGACACCGACGCCGGAGACACCACGAUCGAAGAUGCCGACGACAGCCAGCGGCCAAGACCGCACGGCGCAGGGGACCCAUCCCCGCGCCGCCAACACUAG